UCCUCUCCUACAGCAGCUUUCUAACACUUUGAAGAAUGGAGGAGAGGAGCGAGGAGUUGUCCGUUUUCUCUGUGAGGGUCUUCACUCUGCAGGAGGAGGCGAGGCGAGAGGAGGAGGACAUGGAGACUCAUGAGGAGGAGGUGAUCGGGGAGCGGCAGGUCAGAGUGUGCAGACAGCGAGGAGAGGAGGAGCUCACUCUGCUCCUCACAUCAGGACCAGAGGCUCAGCAGCUUGUUGUGCAAGAUGCCAGUAGAGCGUCAGUCUUCCAGUUUACUGUCUCCGCUCAGACAGACUGCUGCCAGGUAGGAGGUCAGUCCUUCGUGGUCUCUGUCGGCAAGCUGAGUGUCCUGCUGCAGUUCAAAGCACCGUCAGAUUUGAAGAAGUUCCAGCAGUUAAUGAAGACGGAGACGAAGAAAAGACACGCAGAGAGAGAGGAAGGAGGAAACGAGGAUGCAGAAAGGAGUCUUAUACGUGCCUCCUAUCAGGGAUACCAGUUCCACAGCUGCUUGUCCCAGCAGCAGAGCCUCCUGCAGGACUACCCGAGGAUCGCCACCUACCACAGAGCAAUUUUAGACAACGAGACAGACUUCAGAGACAAGGUGGUUCUGGAUGUGCGUUGUGGUUCUGGUAUCCUGUCUUUCUUUGCAGUCCAGGCUGGAGCGAGCAGAGUGUAUGCUGUAGAGUCCACACCUCUGGCCAAGUUCACACAGAUCCUGGUCCAGAGUAACGGUCUGUCUGAGCGGAUCAGAGUCCUGGAGGGGGAGGUGGACGAGGUCAUCUGUCCUGAGAAGGUGGACCUCAUCAUCUCUGAGCCGAUGGGACACAUGCUGCUGGGGGACAGACUCUUAGACGGCUUCAUACGGGCCAGAAAGUGGCUGAAACCAAACGGUCUGAUGUUUCCCUCCUGUGCUGAUAUUCAUCUGGCUCCCUUCACCGACGAGCAGCUCUACUUUGAACACCACGCACGAGCUGCUUUCUGGCAGCAGAGAAGUUUCUACGGGGUCAACCUGAGCGCUCUGCACAGCCCUGCAGUGGACGAGUUCUUCAGGCAGCCUAUAGUGGACGCGUUUGAUGUGCACGUCCUGAUGGCCCGAUCCGUCAAACACAGCAUCAACUUCUCGGAGGUUGAAGAGGAAGAUUUUCACAGAGUGGAGAUUCCCUUCGUGUUCACUGCGCUGCAGUCGGGUCUCGUUCACGGGCUCGCCUUCUGGUUCGACGUGGCUUAUCUGGGCUCCAAGUCCACAGUUUGGCUCUCCACGUCUCCCUCGGAGCCGCUCACCCGCUGGUCUCAGGUCAGAUGUUUGCUGCAGACGCCGCUCUUCGUUAAGCUCGGACAAACUCUGUCAGGGUCGGCGCUGAUGAUCGCUAACAGCAGGCAGAGUUAUGACAUCACCAUAACAGCGACGGUCGACCAAUCAGGCUUCAGAUCUGGAAACAUCCUGGACCUCAAGAAUCCUUACUUCAGGAUGCCAUGCUGGUUCAACAGCUGAAAAACCUCCUUGGAAGGCGGGUUCUUCCUCUCCUCCUGGAUGAACGGAGGUAAAACUGCAGGAAGAGCAGCUUCCUGGAGGAGCCACAAGAGGGCAGCAGAGGGAAGAAAACAUCAACUGUGAAACAUUUUCAUGUGAAAGACAAGUUUAAAAUUUUCAGAUUGUUUAAGGGAUGUUUUUCUAUUUGUUUACAAAAUUUAAAUGAUACAAUUUGUAUCUCCCUUUACUGAUCCAAACGCCUUUUUUUAUCAUAUAAUUAAAAAAAUAAGAAUGUUUCUGUAA